AUGGCGCCCAAGAAGCCUGCUGCCACGGCCGAAGUUGCCCUCAUUCCUCUCAAGAACUGUCUCGUCAAUCUACCGCCGUCGCUGGUCGCUUUGCUGGUCAAUGCAAACACAGCUGCGCAAAAUGUUAUCAUUGAAUUACAAUAUAAUUCAACCUCUGGAAAGGCCAAUGGAGCUUCCCCGCAGCAAUCAUGCUUCCUCGGUUGGACGGGUAUGCCGAGCAAGCGCAGGCUUGCGCCCGUCGUCGGAAGAGAUGGCAUCAACAGUGGAUUCUCCAGAGAGCAGGAAAUCUCCACUGUUGAGCUUGAUACUACUUUUGGGCGGCUCCUUGGUCUCGCUGAAGGCCAGAAGGUUGGACUCUUCAUCCACCUCGAUCCACCCGUUGCGCAUACGAUAAACAUUGAGCCAUUGACUCCAGAAGAUUGGGAGAUCAUCGAACUCCACGCCACAUUCUUGGAACUCAAUCUCCUGUCACAAAUUCGCGCCCUUCCUAAUCCUACAUACAAUGCAGCGCAAUCACAACAUAUGCAUCCACUGGCACUGCAUCUAUCACCCACAUCUACUGCCAAUAUUGUCGUCACUUAUCUUACACCCGCCCCUUCAGACACAUCUCCAUUCGCCAAGAUUGCGCCGGAUGCAGAAGUAAUAGUGGCUCCCAAAGUUCGAUCCAAGACAAGCAAGAGUACCCGAGCUGACAGCCGCAGUGCGGCUGGUAACAGCAGGAAGAGUGCUGGAGGCAGGAGUAGUUCGGGCACUGUGCGCCAGAAGAGUAGCCGGUCCGACACUCGUGGGUCUCUCUAUUUGAGAGGCGUGGACCGGUCAGCGACAACUCAAUAUUUCGAUGAAGAGAUAGAGGAUGACGCGAACGAGGGUCUUCGUGUCUGGGUUGAUCCAGAUCUGCUAGCAAGCCAUGAGUUGCGCGGAGCAGCUUGGGCAUGCGUGUCCGUUGUUCAGCCGUCCGGUCUCAAACCCCCUCCAGAUCCUCAACAGCAACUAGCUCAAGCUGAACAGCAAAAGUCCAGUGAUGCUGGUGCCCCUACAACCAAGCUCGUAGCUAAAUUGCUUCCUUGGGAAGAGGCCCCAGACAACCAGCAUGCGGUGAUGUCCACUUUGUUGUGCACAGCGCUUGGCGCAGAUAACAUGGUUGGAGGAAUUCUCCGAGUUGAAGCAGCUCCCCCGCAGCUGCAUCGCUCGGCGGUCAAGACUCUCAAGGUCUAUCCAUUUAUUGGCGAUGCUUCGAAAAAGAAGGAUGGGCUGAAGUUCGGUGCUGACACGGCAGCAGCACGAGAUGCCCUGGCCGAGCGCCUCAAAGUCAUCUACGGUAGUACAGGAUCUGAUGUAGGGCUUUUCUCAGGACCCUUGACCGAUGGAAUGACCCUACCUAAAACUGAGUAUCAUCCUUCGGUCUCUUCAUUCGACGGUGCUAUUCUCCGGUUUGAUCCUCCUUUGAAGGGUGGCUCGGAUGAAUCAAAGUCAAUGUUUGGGUGGCUGCUCGGCUCAGAAGCUAAACUUAAUCUUGAAGUCCAGGCUGAAAUCCCCAAGCCAAUCGACUCCAGUCUAUCGAUACUACCUUUAGAGGACCCUCUUCCCGAGACUGCUCCUCACUUGGUAGGAAUUGAUUCGAUCAUUGCACAAUCAUUGAGCAACUUGACAAAGUCAUCGUCUAUCUUACUCACUGGUGGUCUCGGUGCUGGUAAAACAGCUCUCACUCAUCUCCUGGCUCAUCGACUAAAACGAGAUCAUCUUUUCAACGUCAAGUAUUUCUCUUGCCGCAAGCUCGUUACUGAUGAAACACGAAUCUCUAACAUCAAGGAGACCCUAAACCGCUUGUUCAUGUCCGCAUCAUGGUGUGCACGUCUUGGUGGCCAAUCACUCGUGAUCCUUGAUGAUCUAGACAAGCUUUGUCCUAUGGAAACUGAGUUGCAAGUGGGAGGGGACAAUGGCCGCAGUCGCCAGAACAGCGAGGUUAUUUGCGCUAUGGUUCGAGAAUAUUGCGCCCUGAAUUCUUCCGUCGUAUUACUAGCCACUGCCCAGGCCAAGGAAUCACUUAAUAAUGUCAUUAUUGGGGGCCAUGUCGUCCGUGAGAUCAUUAACAUGAGAGCUCCCGACAAGGAGGGCCGCCGGAGGGUUUUGGAAAAGCUUACCAGUGAAGACAAACCCACGGAGAGCUCGAAUGGACAUGUGAGGGCCGCAAGUUCCUCAACACAGGACUCAUGGUUAGACCCAUCAAAUCCCGGGAGCCGCCCAAGCUCUUCUGCGGGCGAUGGUUUUGUGAUUGGACGGGAUGUCGAAUAUCUAGAACUAGCAGGCAAGACCGAUGGGUAUAUGCCCGGUGAUCUUGUGCUGCUUGUCGCCCGUGCACGCAAUGAGGCCCUUAUUCGCUCUGUCUCGGAUCUGACAUCGACUUCAAAGAUGAUCACUUUGGGGUUAGAGGACUUUGAAAGUGCCUUGAAGGACUUCACUCCAGCGUCUCUGCGCAAUGUUACACUCACCUCAUCAACAACGACAUUCUCCUCUGUUGGUGGUUUAUUCGAAACCCGCAAAAUGCUGUUGGAAACUCUGCAGUAUCCUACAAAAUAUGCCCCGAUCUUCGCACAGUGCCCAUUGCGACUGCGCUCUGGCUUACUUCUCUAUGGAUUCCCUGGUUGUGGUAAGACAAUGUUAGCCAGUGCAGUGGCCGGCGAGUGCGGAUUGAACUUCAUCAGCGUCAAGGGUCCUGAGAUUUUGAACAAAUACAUUGGAGCCAGUGAAAAGAGUGUUCGUGACUUAUUCGAGCGAGCCCAGGCCGCACGUCCUUGCGUCCUUUUCUUCGAUGAGUUCGACAGUAUUGCACCCAAGCGUGGACACGACUCCACCGGUGUCACGGACCGCGUGGUCAACCAGCUGUUGACCCAAAUGGACGGUGCAGAAGGUCUCUCGGGUGUUUAUGUGCUAGCAGCAACCUCUAGACCUGACCUGAUCGAUCCUGCUCUCCUUCGUCCCGGUCGUCUCGAUAAGUCCUUGCUUUGCGGCAUGCCAAACCACGCAGAUCGCGUUGAUAUCAUCCGCUCCGUUAGCGACAAACUGAAGAUGAGCGACGAAGUCGCGUCUCGCCUGGACGACAUUGCCGCUCAGACCCAAGGCUUCUCUGGAGCAGAUCUACAGGCCGUUGUAUACAAUGCCCAUCUUGAGGCAGUCCAUGACGCCCUGGGUGACCGCUCUACCGAUACAGCCAAGCCCGGCGCCAAGUCCAACGCCAAAGGCUCCACUAAUGCUUCUUCCAAGUCCUUCAUCCAGUUCCUCUACUCCUCUUCGGAGGAAGCAUCUGGAUCUGUCUCUAUGCCACCCCCCGCAGUGAUCUCCGCCAAACUAGAUGCAAUCAAGAACUCGCGUCGCCGCCAGCGCCAGCUCGAGCAGGGGUCCUCAGGUGCAAACGCCGCCGCCCCCGUGACCAACGGCACCGAGCCAGCUGCCGACGAGCUACGUGAGGAUAUCAUUGUCCGCUGGGAACAUGUUGAACGCUCAUUGAAUACCACGCGUGGAUCACUCAGCCCAGCAGAGCGGAGACGUCUCGAGGGAAUCUAUCGCGAGUUCGUGGCCGGUCGGAACGGCGAAAUGCCUAAUGGUGAGGCUGCCAAUGAGAUUGGAGGUCGGACAAGUUUAAUGUGA